CAGUUUUAUUUUUGAGGUUAUGUUUAAGUUUACAUUUUGUGUUAUAAUAGUGUUGUGAGUAGUGUUGUCAACAAAAACAUUUUAAAAUGCCGGAUAAUUUAAAUCAAAAAUUAUUUUACAAUACAGUGUUGUGUCAAACAUUUUCUCCGGAUAAACAUUUUUUAUUUGCCGGAAAUAUUUAUGGCGAUGUUUCAAUUUACGAAAUUUCAAAAAUUUUGGGUCCACAAUUAGAGGAAAAUAAUUGUCAAGGGCCAACUUAUCGAUUUACCGCUCAUUCUAAUCAACAUGUUGAAAGUAUGGUAGCAACUGAACAAUUUCUUGUUACUGGAACAUCAGGCGAAAUAUCAGGAUGGGAUUGGAAAACAAUUACUUCGAAUAAAGCAUCAAAGGCUAAAGUUUCUUGGACAAUAAAUUUACCAGUUAAAAACGAUAGUUAUGAGAGGCCAGAUGUUAAUUUUAUGGUUUAUUCGAAAUCAAAUAAUUUAUUAUACGCUGGCUGUGGUAAUAAUACAAUAUAUGUAAUUGAUUUGGAAGGUGGUAGAAUUCAAAGAAGUUUGGAAGGUCAUGAAGAUUAUAUACACGCUAUUUCCGUAACGGGCGAACAAUUGGCAUCAGCUAGUGAAGAUGGUAGUGUUCGUUUGUGGGAUCUUAGAAAAAAUGAAAAUACAAAUAUUUUAAAGCCUUAUCUAGUUGAUAAAGUGGCGAGACCAAAAUUAGGCAAAUGGAUAGGAACUGUAGAUUUUACUGAAGAUUGGCUGCUCUGUGGAGGAGGACCGAAAUUAUCAUUGUGGCAUAUGAGAACAAUGGAAACGGCAACAAUUUUCGAUUUACCCGAUCAGGGAAUUCACGUUUCAAAUAUUUACGAGGAGAGAAUAAUUACCGGUGGUACAAUGCCACAUGUUUAUCAUCUCACUUAUCAAGGAGAAACAUUAGCUAAAGUUCCAGUUUCCUGUAAUACGGUUUACAGUAUUGUUUAUCAAGAAGUACCACAAAGACUUUUAAGCAUUGCCGGCUCGAGUAAUCAAAUUGAUAUUUGUACAAAUUUCAAUUAUCGAGAACUUACAUUGAAAUUUGCUUGAUAGGUUGGUAAUAAUUGAAAACAGAUUUACAUAAUUAUUAUUUUUCUUUUUUAAUAAUAAAUAUAUUAAUAAUACAUAUUUAA